GCGCAAACCGUUCCGCUUCCUCUUCCGCUCCUGCAACAGAACUAUACGCUUCAGUCUCUCUCUACUGCUCUCUCUCUCUCUCCUCGUUUUCUCUCUACUCUCUCUCUCAACAAACAGUGAGCCAUGGCGGUGGAAGCUCAAAACGGUGGAGCUCAGAACGGAUGCUCGAAGGUGGUGAAGUUCUUGGCGUUGAAGCCUCAGCUGUCCGUUGAAGCACCAAAAGCCAACGACGCCGUACAGUUCUACAAGGCGGCUUUCGGUGCGGAGGAGGUGAGCCGUGCCAUGCAUCCCAAGCGCAAGGCCGAUCAAGAGCUCCCUCUCGUUCUCGCUGCCGAACUCAAGCUCGGUCCCUCCUCUAUUAUCGUCUCUGACAUUGCCGAUGAGUCUUCUCCUCCGGUGAAGAAUGGAUGCGUGAUCUGCCUGGAGACUGAGGACGUGGAAGCUGCAGUCGCCAAGGCUGUGAAAGCCGGUGCUGUCUCAGAGGGCGAAGAAGUCGCUGAGGGUGAUGGCGCGUGCUGCGGUGAGCGCGUGAACAAGCUGAAGGACCCCUAUGGCUUCGUUUGGCUGAUUUGCUCUCCCGCUAAGAAGUCUGCUGACGUGGAGUCCUAAACAUCGUCCGAUCUACUUACACUGUUUUGCUUAGUAGUAUGUUUUUGUUUCGAAUUAAUAGCUUCUAGGCUGCUCUAUAGGUAUGGCUCGGAAUUGACUAUUUGAUACGCCAUGAACAAGGUGUUUGGUUGAUGCUUUUGAAAAAUGAGACCUGGAUUAACUACUCUUAUCUUCUAUUUGACAGCUGGCAGCUGUUAACAGCAUUGUUUGAAAUUCUAUCAUUAUAGGCAUAUAAUCCAGCCACGAUCAAGGGUAUUUUCGACUUUUAUGCAUGUAUGCGAUGGUUGUGUGUGUACUAGGUGUUCAUUGCUUGACCUCGUUAGACGAUAAUAUCUUGCUUUCAUGCUCUGAUAUUAUUUUCUCUACUGACUGCACAGAAUAGGUAGAAAUGUGCGUCGCGUAUGUAUCUGCAUGCAAGUAUGCGCGUGGGCAAUUGGAUUUGAACUGUGCAAGAUAUGUGGUCCAAAUGUUGGGUAUCUGGCCUGGUUGGGGUUAAUGGGCUUUCUCGUUAGUGCUGGUUAACGAGUUGGUGAAGCUUUGUUGCAUCUAUUAAUUAGUUCAAUUCUAACCAAGUAUGAAAAGGUGUUACAGUUUCAGAUGUCUUUUAUAUUCGUGUUGGUGCGAAUGUAUUAAUUUCGUGACUUUUUUAGAGCUUGGACUUCGAAGAUAAUUUAUUUUUUUUGGUAGACA